UUGAAGUUUGUCGCUGGCCGCGUUCGGUUGUCCGGCUAGCUAGAUUAGCUACCAAAAAUAAACGAUAAUAAACAGCCGAUAUCCCCCUUCCACACCACACGCAGCGGAAGAUCGCGGGAAAUCAGAAAACUCCGAAAAACAUCGGAUAACCGUUUUUAUUUUGUUUACCCUUUCGGUUCGUUCUUAUUAUUUAGUUAGUUCUGGUAAUUUUCAACGUUACGUGUGUAAACACAAAGAAGAAAUAAACAAGAAGCAAAUGCAGGCGGCAAAGAUAGCGCCAAAAAUAAAAACUGACAAAAAAGCGAAAAUCAUUGUUAUUGCAUGGAAAAUUACUACACAAAUUUCUUGCAAAAGCAACUGCCAAUAAAGCAAAAAAAAGCAACUGAAUCCGAAAAAACAAACUAAAAAAUCAAAACCAAAACUGAAACAACAACAAGGCAGAGCAUAAAUUAGAUUGGCCUCAUAGACGAAUAACAACGAACUCGAGCCGCGUAAACAAAUUAAACGAUGCUGGCCAUUGUUGUUGCUGCUGCUGCGGUUCAAAUUUAAAUAUAAACUAUUAUUGUUAUCUGUGUUUGCUGUUGUCUAUUUUUUCGCGCCAAAUGCAAUCGGUUUUUCUGUUUUGGGAGGGAAAUUUCGUUCAACUUACAUAAUUAAUGAGUGGGCCAGAGCGUAAAUCAAAAAAUCGGACAAGAAUUAUUUAUGAAAACGAGCGAAAUCCCAUGUCGCUUCACACCCGCGCAACUAUUUCUUUCAUUAGCUCUUCGUUUCGAAAGCGUUUUUUUGAUCAAAACAAUAUUUCAUCCACAGUUUUUCGUGUUUUAUGUUUGGAACCCAUCCCCUUCGCCGAUUUCCAGGGGAAAACAGACUGCAAUUAGUUACUAUAUGUUAUGUGAUGUGUUAUCAAAAAACAAGGGAGAACGGAGAGUAAAAGAACUCGCUAUAUCGGCGUUUUAAAGGACAAACUCAAAAAGAAAAGUAACGGUGUGCGCACUCCCUAUAAGUCUCUUAAUUAAAUGAACCGAAAUUUCAAGAGAUUACAAUUAUCCCGUUUAAGUAAAUGAAGAGAGUUUUAAUACAGAGAGCAAAGGUGCAGCCACCUACAAUGUCAGAGUCACGUUUAUAUAAUUCGCUUUGAUGACGAUGUCUCGAUUGCCUCGAUGCGGGGCCAAAAACCGCAAAAGAUUAUCCAGUUAUCAAAAUAACCAACUGAGAUUCCAGAGGGAAAAUUGCCAAGUGCAAAGUGAAAAGGUCAUCAAGCCCAAAACCGACAAAUGAAAACCAAAAAUAAGAUCAACAUUAACAGCACCAACUGCCAAUGCUUUUGUCACUCGAGUCAAGGAAUCGCAAUUGUUGAUGAGAAGAACGUACUGAGGAUACACAGCCAUACGUACAAGUGCUUGAAUCACAAUCCUCGACCUCGGAUACUUGGCUGAUAUUGGGA